AUGGCUGCUGUUCUGUUCCCUGGCUUCCUCCCCCUCUGCCUUCUCCUCCUAUGUUUCUCAAUCUCCCCUUCUAUGCAGAACGUUAGCGAAUCCGAACCGCUUGUGAGGUUCAAGACCUCGGUGAACAUAACCAAAGGAGACCUAAAUUCAUGGAGACCAGGAACAGAUCCUUGCAGUGGGAAAUGGUUUGGGAUCUAUUGCCAAAAGGGUUUGACAGUCUCAGGCAUUCAUGUCACGCGUCUCGGUCUCUUGGGACCCAUCAACGUCGACGAUUUAAAAGCUCUCACGAAUCUAAAGACAAUCAGGCUUGACAACAACCUCCUCUCAGGUCCUCUCCCACAUUUCUCCAAACUGCGCGGCCUAAAAUCUCUCAUGCUCUCUAACAACAGCUUCUCCGGCGAGAUCCCUGACGAUUUCUUCAAGGACAUGUUAAACGUCAAGAGGCUGUUUCUUGAUCAUAACCAAUUCUCGGGGAAAAUCCCUUCCUCCAUUAUGCAACUCCCUAAUCUCGAGGAGCUUCACCUGCAAGGUAACCGUUUCUCCGGAGAGAUUCCUCCGGUGAUCGACACAAAGAACCUGAAAAUCCUCGACCUUUCGAGCAACCAGCUCGAAGGAAAGGUCCCUGAGAGCCUCUCGGACAGGAAAAAUCUCGUCAUGACAUUGGGAGGGAACCUAAAUCUGUGCGGGAAAGCGGUGAACGUUGAAUGUGCGCCCGUCGAAGAAAAAACCACGUCGCCGUUAUCAAACCACUCCAACAGGGCCACGGUGGACGCGAUCAUGGUGGCGAUCACGUUUCUUAUCUUGUUCUUUAUCGUUGUGGGAAUUAUAAGGAAGCGAAACAAGAAGAGACACCCCGAGUUUCAUAUGCUCGACAAACACCAUCCGAGCAACAACGAUAUCGUGGAGGUCAAGGUACCUGGUUCCCCGGUCGGCAAAAGGUCGUCUAAGCGCGGUGGAAACGCUGACGGCGGUUCCACCAAGAAAGGCUCUUCUCAUAAUGGUAAAGUCGGAGGAGGAAGCGUAGCCGGAGGAGGGAUGGGUGACAUUAUUAUGGUGAACAACGACAAGGGUUCGUUCGGUUUACCGGAUCUUAUGAAAGCUGCAGCGGAGGUGCUAGGAAACGGUAGCCUAGGAUCAGCUUACAAGGCGGUGAUGGCUAAUGGAUUGUCCGUUGUUGUGAAGAGGAUUAGGGAUAUGAACAAACUUGCACGUGAACCUUUCGAUGUUGAGAUGAGACGGUUAGGGAAACUUAGCCACCCUAACAUUCUUACGCCUUUAGCUUAUCAUUACCGUCGUGAAGAGAAGCUUGUCGUCUCUGAAUAUAUGCCUAAAAGCAGCUUGCUUUACGUUUUACACGGUGAUCGUGGGAUAUAUCAUUCGGAGUUAACUUGGGCAACAAGAUUGAAGAUCAUCCAAGGAGUGGCUCAUGGAAUGAAGUUCUUGCAUGAAGAGUUUGCGUCUUACGAGCUCCCACAUGGUAACCUAAAGUCGAGCAACGUCCUUCUCAGCGAGACCUACGAGCCUUUGAUCAGUGAUUACGCGUUCUCGCCGUUUCUUCAGCCAGAAAACGCGUCGCAGGCGAUGUUCGCUUACAAGACGCCCGAGUUCUUGCAGAGCCAACAAGUCUCGCAUAAAUCAGAUGUCUACUGCCUCGGGAUUAUAGUUCUUGAGAUCUUGACAGGGAAGUUUCCUUCUCAAUACUUAAACAAUGGUAAAGGCGGGACCGAUAUAGUUCAAUGGGUACAGUCUUCGGUCGCGGAGCAAAAAGAAGAAGAGCUUAUCGAUCCGGAGAUAGCAAACAGUACUGGUUCGGUGAAACAGAUGGUGGAAUUGUUGAGGGUUGGGGCUGCUUGUAUCGCAAGUAAUCCAGAUGAGAGAUUAGACAUGAGGGAAGCUGUUAGAAGAAUAGAACAACAACCUAGUUCCGACAAUCCAUCAUCCGAGCAUGAACUCCAUAUGUUGCCUAAUUACGGGACGAAUAAUAAUAUGAGACGUGAAGGCCAUAGAGCUCAAGUGACAAUGAUCUACGAGGGGAAAGUGUUCGUGUUCAAUGAUCUCUCAUCCGAGAAAGCUGAACAGAUCUUACUUUUGGCAGAACAUGAAGACACUUCACCAAAGAUCAACACUCAGCUUAAUCAACGAAUACCUCCUACAACGCCCCACAACAACCCUAAUCAAUGGCACCGUUCGGUCAUCGUCUCGAACUUUCUGGAAAAUAUAAACAAAGGCGGCAAUUUAGAUGUCUCCUUGGAUAACAUGACUUGCGAACUCCCAAUUGCUAGACGAAACUCGCUUCACCGGUUCAUGGAGAAGAGACAAGAUAGGUGUGGAGGGCGUGGACCAUAUCAUAACUCCGGUAAUCACUUCUCAGCUGUGUUGCAGCCACCGGUUGAGAACAAAUGGUGGUUGGGAUUGGCUCAUCACCCACCUCAAUAG